AUGUAUGUUGAGUUCUCAGACGCGGAAAUCUACGAGAAGAAACUUGCUGAAUGCCGUGAGAAAGGCAUUGAUAAAGAUCUGAAUCAGAUCUACUUUGAAACGGUAGGUGGGAGAAAGAAGGGAAAGGUUCCUGGUUUGGGGAGUGGUGCACAUCUAUACUAUGCAAGAUCUUCGAGAAGGGGUGGUAGUUCGUCUAGCAGAUACUCACCUUCUAUUUUUUCUCAACUUACAACGCGGUUGGAAGAAUCUCAACGACAAUUGUCUCAACAAUCCAUUGAGCUUGAAAGGCAAAGAACUCAGAUUGAGACAGAAAGGCUUGAGAUAGAGAGAGAACGACUUCAGAUGCUAAAAGAGAGAGAAGAAAAUCGACUUCAGAUGAUAAAGGAGAGAGAAGAAGAACGACUUCAAAUGAUAAAGGAGAGAGAAGAAGAACAGCUUCAGGCGCAAAGGGAGAGAGAAGAAGAUAGUAGAAGAAAUGCUGAGCAUCUUGCCGAGAUGAAAAGAGCAAUGGAGUACUACGCUAAGAUGCUCAGCCAGUGCGGUGGUUCUUUCCCUUUCACUCAACAACAAGACCCUCGAGAUCCGUCUGGCGGUGGAGCACCAUGUUCUAGUUAA